AAGGCCUUUUUAGGGUUGUAUUUCCUAAUAUAAUAAAUAUAAAUAAUAUAUUUUAAAGAGUUGCAAAAAUAAUAAAAAAAUCAUUUGUAAAAAAAAAUCGUGUCGUCAUAAACAAAUUGGAAAGACAGAACCAAAUCCAACAGUUAUUCUCUGCAAAUCAAACCGAACAUUAAAGUUUAUUGUCACUCGCCUUAAUGGAACUCCUCGAAUAUCUUAGAUAUAGUAAUUUUUGGUGGUCGUUUUGGUGGCUCCUCAUAGAACCGCAUAUGAAAAUAUCCGAUAUGCCGAAAACCACGACGAUUAAGGAUGCAAUAAAGAAAUGGGAAGAGGCAAAUAAGAAAAAAAUAUCUGAGGCAAAAGCAGUGGGUUUUCAGUUUCAGUGGCCCCCUAUUGACCGAAUGGACAACUCAUUGUCAGCUCUGGUCAACUGCUGUAUUUUAAGCCUGUCAGCAAACAUGAUUGAGAAAAUUGCGGGGGUCAGUUCCUUGAAAAACUUGAGAAUCUUGUCACUUAGCAAGAAUUAUAUAAAAUCGUUUUCCGGACUGGAAGCUUUAGGAGACACAUUAGAACAACUAUGGUUGUCAUACAACUUCAUCGAAAAACUGAGAGGUGCGCAAGUGUUAAGAAAACUGAAAGUGCUCCACAUAAAUAACAACUUGAUCAAGGAAUGGUCGGAAUUCAUGAAGCUAACCGAACUAUCCCAUUUAGAGGAGCUGUCGUUUUUCGGCAAUCCUUUGUACGAGAAUUACGAAGAAUCGGCGUGGGAAGCGGAAGUGACCAAAAGGCUACCAAAUCUGAAAAUAUUAGACUUUGAGUCACUAACAAAAGUGUGAAAAUUAUUUGUUUAUUAUUUUUACUUUAUUAUUCCUUAUUUAUGUUUCAAUAAAUCUUUGUAUGUCAAAACGUUUCAU